GUCCCAUAGUUUGGGGUAGUCCCAUGUGUGUUAGUGGAGAAAAAGGAGCACCUUGGUAGAGGAAGAUUAACUACCCAGCACACAACUGUUGCUCUAAUCCGCUCUGAGAGGAUAGGUUUAGGACAACUACAAGACAAGAGCGACACUGCCAUAUUGUUUGUUUGUUUUUUCCCAUAAUAAAGCCACUAUUUUUUAUUUUUGAGAGUGUCUAAAGUAAGAAUCCCGAGGAACUUGGUUCAUUCAUACUGUAAUUAACAUGUUUUCUAGCUAACAUUAUCCAGACUGAAGACGACGUCGCUGCUGUUUACCUUCUACAUUGCCCACUACAGCUAUUUGUAAUCUUAAAUCUCAUAUCACAUUGAACUGAAGAUGAAGGACCGACUGGAACAACUAAAAGCGAAGUCGGAUCAAACUCCUGAUGAUGUGGAAAUUCCAGUGGAAAAUAAAGAAUUUAUGGAUGAGUUCUUCACUCAGAUUGAAGAAAUCCGCACCAGUAUAGACAAGAUUGAUGAAAAUGUAGGCGAGAUAAAGCGACUGUAUUCUGUCAUCCUCUCUGCGCCUACAUCAGACCAGAAAACACAGGAUGAAUUGGAAGCAGUUACCAAUGAGAUAAAGAAACUGGCCAACAAUGCUCGCAACAAACUCAAAAGCAUUGAGCAGAGUUUGGCAGCUAACUCUGAAGAGAGGGUUUCAGCAGAUAUCCGGAUAAAGAAAUCUCAGCAUGCCAUUCUUGCUAAGAGAUUUGUAGAAGUGAUGACCAAAUACAAUGAAGCCCAAAUGGAGUUUAGAGAGAAGAGCAAAGGGCGCAUCCAAAGACAGCUGGAGAUCACUGGCAAAGCCACAACUGAUGAAGAGCUGGAGGAAAUGCUGGAUGGAGGAAACGCUGCAGUAUUCACAGCAGGAAUUAUGGACUCUGGGAUAUCAAAACAGGCACUAAGUGAGAUUGAGGCUCGACACAAAGAUAUUAUGCGACUGGAGAGCAGCAUAAAAGAGUUGCAUGACAUGUUUGUGGACAUUGCAGUGCUGGUGGAAAAUCAGGGAAGCAUGAUUGACAGGAUUGAGAGCAACAUGGACCAGUCUGUGGGUUUUGUUGAAAGAGCCGUGGCUGACACUAAAAAGGCUGCCAAGUUCCAACAAGAAGCACAAAGGAAGAAAAUGAUGAUCAUGGUGUGCUGCACAAUUCUUGCGGUCAUCGGUGGUUCUCUGGUGUAUAGCUGGCUGACAUAAAUGUCAAAGCAAAGAGGUUGUCUACUUCUCCAAGUCGUGUCUCUAUCAAGAAUCAAGAGAAGCAUCUUAAUGCAGAUGAACCCGAAACAUCCCUACACACACAACAUGUUUUCCAGUGCUUGCUCAUCUCAUUUUCCCAUCAUUUUGUUUUUUGUGUUUUAUGUUCUUCCUGUCUUAUCAACUGGCCUUGCAUUGUUAGAGGCUUCACGGUAAAUUGUGAUAUGCAAGCUGUCUGUUUAUUUUAGGGCUGUGGUAUGAAAUAUUGCUUUUAUUUAUUUAAUUGUUUUUUGGGAACUUGCGAUAUAGCCCAUAUAUGACGAUAAAAGAUACAUAAGAGGCUAAGUUUUGUUUUUUGAGGCCUCAUUUUUUUGUAACUGUCAAUUGAAACAAUUUACAUUAGCAGUGACAAAUAUUUUGUCCUUGUUAGGAAAAAAACAGUUUGAUUCUUAAACAUUUACGUUGGUUUGACUUUUAUUUUAGGAUUAGCCAAAAUUCUUUACUGACCAUUUGCUUAUUUAGUGUAGAUGAGUAGCACAUAGUUCUUAUUUCUUAGGUUGAGGUGGUACUGUUCUCUUAUGUACGUGAUAAUAUUGGAACUGUAUAUUUUGUAGACACUAUAAAGUAAUUAUACAUUAGUCUGACUUGAGUUGUCUUGAGUAAUUGUGAUUAAAAGACCAGGGUUGUAUAAAAUCUGUGUUAUUC